AUGAGGCCGACAAGGUUGCCUCUGAUGCUGCCUCCGACGUCGACGAGGCCGCAAGUGAGUAAAAGCGACGAGAACAACAACUUCAAGGAUGCGUUUGGUGACGUAGAUAUGACCUUGAAUGGCUUGGACCCUAGUGACAUCGAAGCAACUGGUGAAGAGGACAUCCCCAUUGAUAGCGCUUAGUGGUCGACUUUGGGCAAUGAGUCCAGAGAAGAAGAACAAACAGAAGGAAUAGUGGAGGAGUCGGAGGAAGAAAUUUUGGACUGUAUAGUGGUUGCCC